UCCGGUUGGUCCGGUGCUCCGCCGGGGCUCCUCCGUCAUCCCGUUGCGCCGGAACACUGUUUGCGUCUGAAGGCGGUGUUUCCUCCAAACAUCAGCUGCAAAUUGAUGCAAAACACCGGAAUCUGCGCAUCCGCCGCGGCCGAACCGACCCGCAUUGAGCAGCCCGGAGCCGCAGCCCGGCUCCUGCAGCCCCGGGGUGCGCGGAGGCUGAGAACCCGGACCCGUUAACGGCGUCGCCAUGGAGACGGACGGAGAGCAGAGCCAGCAGGGAGCCUCGGCCAAUGGGAACGCAGCGUCUGGAACCAGUUCCCGCCCCUCGCCCAUGAACUCCAUGUCUCUGUAUGAGAGGCAAGCGGUGCAGGCCCUCCAGGCCCUCCAGAGACAGCCUAAUGCAGCCCAGUACUUCCAACAGCUGAUGCUGCAGCAGCAGAUCAACACGGCCCAGCUGCAGAACCUGGCCGCCGUCCAGCAGGCCACCCUGGCUGCCAGUCGUCAGUCCAGUCCUUCCAGCAGCAGCUCCUCUCAGACCACCAGCACCUCAGCUGCCAAUGUCACGUCUGGCUCCGCCUCCACAACCAGCAGCCGUCCACUUGGUGCUUCAGCGACAUCCACAAUCAGCCAAUCAGUGCUGCUGAGUGGAGCGGCGGGGGGGCAGGGCCAGAUGUACCUGAGGGUCAACCGGUCCCUUCGGGCCCCGAUCUCCCCUCAGCUCAUCUUCAUGCCCGGCAGCACGGCGACGGCUGCCGUGGCAACUGUUACCCAGCAACCACAGACUCAGCAACAGGAAGUGGCACUGACCUCCUCCUCCGGCAGCCAAUCAGACAAUGACCAGGUGCAGAAUCUGGCUCUGAGGGGGGGGUCCACCCCUAAAGCUGUGGGAGUGAAGACCGAAACCCCAGAGAGGACCGACCCAGGCUCCUCCUACUCUCUGGUCCAGGCGUGUCCCCCACAGUCCACACCCCUGCCCCCCCCCCAGUCCCCUCCCAAACCCCCCCAGCCUCUGUCCCAGCUCCCCCAUAUUAAAAUCCCCACCUACCCCCAGCCCACCAACCUGAAGGCCCACCCCUCCUCCUCCUCUUCCUCCUCCUCCUCCUCCUCCCUCCCUCUCUCCCAGCUCCUCCUCCACGGCCCCCGGGCACUCACCGCUGUCACCACCGCUCCCACCACCGCCCACAUCCUGGUCCAGACGUCUAACGCUGCGUCCCAGCCCCGCCCCUACCCCAUGGUGGGCGGAGCCUCCAUCAGACCAGGGGUGGGUGCUCAGACGCUGGUGGUGCAGCCGCUGCAGAAGGCCACGCUGAGCGCCGACAAGUCCGGCCACGGUACCGGGCCGGUCCCCAUUCAGCCCAAAACCCUCCAGGGGCUCCGCCUGCCCCCCCUCCAGCUGCCCUCCAGGAACCCCCCUCCCAUCCUGCCCGCCCCCACUCCCUCCAGCGGCUCCGCCCCUCCCCAUCCGCCCCCCCACAUCCCGGUCCAGAUCGUGGGUGCGAGGCAGAGCGCUGUGGGUAAUGCCCAACCCCUGGCACUGGCCCGAGGCGGCCACGACAACGCUGCCGCCGCCGUCCUGGGCGGCUCAUCCGGCCUCCUCACCAUGGUGGCGUCUGUCGCCUCCAGAGAGGGCGGGGUCGUGGGCCGAGGGGCGGGGUUAAAGACGCUGCAGUCCCCCCAGGAGGCGCCCCCGCUGGCACAGGUGUCUCAGGUGCAUCCGCAGGCCAAUCAGAGCUCUGCGCAGAGUCAGAACGGACGCCUGGCCUCAAGCCCCUCCUCCUGCCGCUCCCCUGCCCCCGCUCCACCCACUUCACUGUCAUGCUCCUCCCUCUCUCUUCCUCUGGCAGCAGACGAACAGCGAGGAGUCACGAGCAACGGAGACGCCGCAGGAAGUCAGACGCAGACACAGGUGAAGUCUGUGUCCAACGCUCUGAAAAGGAAAUCAGGCUCUAACUCCACCAAUGAGGAGGAUGGCCCCUCCCCCCCACGCCUCCAGCCAAUCAGAGACCACACCCCAGUGGUGCUGACCAAUCCCACUCAGACAGGUUCUUGUUCUCCUCCCUCCGCCUCCUCUCCAUCUCCUCCUCCUGUGCUAGCACUGUCUCGUGGUGGGUGUGGUCAGUCAGACAGAGCCCCGCCCCCUCAGGCCGUGGUCAAACCUCAGGUCCUCACUCACCUGAUCGAAGGCUUCGUCAUCCAGGAAGGCGCUGAGCCCUUCCCGGUCUGCAGUCCAGUGAAGGACUCGGCCGCUGAGGAUUUAACCAAUGACAGCCCGGACACCAACCAAUCAGAGGCGGUUACCAUAGCAACAGUUCUUCAGUGUGAAUACUGUCAGAGUUUCGCUCCUGCCAGUCAGUUCAGAGGAACCAAACGCUUCUGCUCCACAACAUGUGCAAAGAGGUACAACGUCAGCUUCAGGCAGCAUUUCUGCGUCCGCCAAGGUCAGGACCGGACCCGGGAACGGGACCGGACCCGGGAACGGGACCGAACCGGGGACCGGGGUCACAUGUCCAAUUCAGACGAGGAUGGAGGCGUCGCCCGCCGGAGGGUUCCACGCCGGACCAGCUCUGAGAUCGCCAGCGCCAAGAUCGCAGGACGACCCAUACCUGUGAAGUGCCGUUCUGAGUCCAGUCAUUCAGAGGAGGAGUCCAGUGCUGAGGAGGAUGAAGAUGAGCCCAUGUCUCUUUCUCCCGCCUCCUCCUCCACCUCCUGUCAUCAGGCUCCUCCUCCACCUCCCCCCACAGAAGGCUCCGCCCCCAGCUGCCCGCCCACCAGCCCCGCCCAGUGGAGCGUGGAGGAGGUGUCUCAGUUUAUCUCCUCUCUUCAAGGUUGUGAGGAUCUGGCGUCUCAGUUUCAGUGUCAGGAGAUCGACGGGCAGGCGCUGCUGCUGCUGAAGGAGGAGCAUCUCAUGUCCACCAUGAACAUCAAACUUGGCCCCGCCCUCAAGAUCUGCGCCCACAUCAACAAUCUGAGAGACUGACGGGUCCGGUUCCACCAGAACUGGGACCGGACCCAGAUGCAGAUGGGUUCAGAGUUCUGAAUGUAUGAGGUACGGUUCGGACUCAUGUGAAUCUGACGAAUUAUCAGCUGAAACAAAAGGGAGUGGACUUUACAGACUAAAAACCCAAAUGUCCGAUUUCCAGGCGAAGACUUUGAAUGCACCGUUGAAUCAGAAACUGUCGAUCUGCCUCCUGAUUGGCUGGUUAGGAGUUUGGCUCCGUCAUCGAUCAAAUGAACAAAAUAAUCAAUAGGAAGGAAAUCUAUAAUCUAUGACAGUGUUUAAAGGCCACAUACGAAAGUAAAAACACCUGUAACCAUGAAAAUAAAGUCGUAAAAUAUUGAGAUAAAACCAUAAUUUUACAAGAACGUCCUAAUUCAAAAAGAGGUGAGAAAAAUAUCAGAAUUUACAGAAUGCAGUCGAACCCACUGGUCUGAGAACGGAGAACUGGAACAUUCUGAGGUUCUACUUUCAUUUAGGGUUCACGCACAAAGGACAAAUACUGAGCCUAUUAGCCCCGCCCACCAAAUACUGAGCCUAUUAGCCCCGCCCACCAAAUACUGAGCCUAUUAGCCCCGCCCACCAUCAACACAUUAGCACAAGUUGAAGGACUUUGAAGACAGUUCGCACACGUUUGGGUUUGUUUCUGUGUAAGAACCGAACGGAUUUGGAGCAAAUAUCUCGACUUAAGGCUUACAAUUUCUAAAUUGUGACUUUUUAUCACACUACUGUGAAUUUAUUUUCAGAAUAUUAUUCUAAUAAAAGGACGAUAUUAUUUUUGUUAAAUUAUGAUUUUUUUUUUAACUACGACUUUAUUCUUGCAGUGACAAGUGUUUUUAUUUUUCCGAUGCGGCCUAAUAUGCCGUCCAAAGAAUCAUGAAUGUACACAAAGUAUUUUUAAAAAGUCCUGUCAUCAAAUCAGACACAUUUUGUCAACUUUGAGAAAAAAGAAUUCAUCGUUUUUAACCUGAGAUUCUUCAGAAGUUUUUCCGACCUGUUUAGUCCUAAAGUCAAUAAUGGGAAUGUCCUCACUUUGAAUGUUGUGUGCGUUUGGACGAUAACAGGGUAAGGGGGCGGAGCGCCGGCACGUCCAACCGCUGUUUUUAAAGGUUACAGUACUGAGGACAAAGGAGGUGAAGCCCCGCCCCCUCUGCCUCCCUCAAACAUCCUGUUGUGUCUUUAACUUUUUAGCCCCGCCCACCUAAAGGGAGGUCAGGGCUGUUAUUUUUGGUUUGUUUGUUUGUUUGUUUACACUUUAUCAGUAAAACUAUUGGUUGAAUUCAGACCUCAUUUUGUGUAUAGA